AUGAACGGUUCGAGCUCCAAGGAUCUAAGGCUCGAUUCACCCCCGGCACAAAAUCCCCAUUGUUUUCCAGAGACCCAUUCUCCCGAUAUUCAUGAUUUCGGCACGGGGGACUCAUAUCCCUCUGCUGGAAAGCUCCCUAAUCUCGACUUCACCCCCACGAAUGAGGGAUCGCUCCUUGGGAGUAUCCAUACCCGUAUUGCCGCCCUUCGCACCUCCUCCGCUGACACCCAGAACCGACAUUCACAAGCCGCCAACACGCUGGUCCCGGCGGAACCCGACUGGGGCGGUAUGAGAACGUCCACCAAAAACUCCUUGUGGAACUCGACAGGUUUUUUCGCGGAGGGGGAGACAGCAUCCCAAUUGCUACGGUAUAGAGAGAUGUUUGCUUUUCUGUCGCAGCGUCAUGCUGAAGCACUCGCUUCGAAUUGCUUGGACAUGGCUCAGGAUCUUAUUCGACGUGGGCAAAUAUCGAUAGCUGCUGUUAGAAUCAUAGGUCAUAGAACCCAGAAUCUCUAUAAUAAUAGUGUGGCACAUGGGUGUCUUGCUCGUAGUUCGAGUGAGGUUAGUAUCUGGGGUUGGAAGCCCUGGCGGGAGAUGGCUAUGGCUGAGAAGAUCAGUGAACGGAGGAGGAAAAGAGCCGCUAUGGAGCGAGAGAAAAUUAGGGAAAAGUCCGUGAGGAGAACCCGGCUCUACACUAAAAUUGAUGGCGAGACUUUAUCAUUGAGACAUCUAGACAUCGAUUCCCAGAAUGAGCUAGAUUGUGAUGGGUCUUUGGGUGGUGCAGGGUUAAGCCUAUGUUCCGAGAACGUGGAUUACUUUGAUGACAGAAAUACGUAUAUCUCACGCAGUAGUAUAGAUCAGGGGAGUUCUAAAGGCACCUCAUCCUCAAAAUCUAGCAAAUCUGACCUAGGAAAUGAAGGAUCUACGGGGAUCUCAUCUCCAGACUUGGGUAACUAUCUUCCUGGAGGUGAAGGUCCUUCAACAGAUGGGGCCAGAGAACAAGAAACUAGUCCGGACGUUUCAAAAGACCAAGAUGUCCCAGUAGGUUGGAAAUGGCUCCCACGAACUGAGCCUGAAAUCCAGUGGCAUCUGCCAGUAUAUAACGCAGAUGGUUUUGCCCUCCCCCGGAACGACGGAGGCAUUGGAUCGAUAGCACCAACCGUUCGGAGUCCUAGUGUUGCUUACGGAGUAAUACCCACAACUUCCGCUGUUGCUUACGCAGGCGAUUCGUUUCUUCAAGUACAAACCAUCAACGAACCAUCUAUGAUCGGAUUAAAACUCACCCCACAGAUAUCACCAAAAUCAGUCUCCCCAUAUGUUUCAUCUGUAUCAGGAAAUGAAACAUACGAGUCGAGCAUACCGACUGCGUCUGAUAUCUCUACUUCUAUGUCCCUCGACUCUCCAACUUCUUUUAAUAGAAUACUUUUUGAGCGCAGAAGGAAACCGCCAGGGACCGAUUCUAAUUCGGACAGUACGGUUGGCGCCUCCAGAGCGCGCAACCACCUCAGGAAAAUGAAAACUGCAUUCAAGUCUAUCCCCCUCACAAAGAUACAUUUCCCCUGGUCUAGCUCGGAUGAGGAAAGCGGGGCAGGAGCUGUAGGGUUGAGCGGGGUGCAGACAGACUCCACCGAUUCUUCCUUCGCUACUGGCUCAGAACAAUCUUGGCCACCGGCCAACAGCAUUCCUCCCGGGUUUGGCCGGGUUCCACCUCCUCCCCCACUAAGAGAGUUUAUGCCCUACGUUGAACCUAGUACCCCAGAAACUCGGAUACACUCCCCGCACCCCAGACUGAUUGACAAGUCGCCACCACACCCUGGCAUGAGAAUAGACUCGAUUGAUACUUCUGUUUCUGGCUUUAGCACUUGGAGAGGAAUGUCGAUAACUAGGCACAGAGAGAGUGAUCCUUUGACCAGGACAGAGAAGGAAUACCAGGAACUUUUAGCAUUGCUCAAUGAGUUAAAACGGGAGCUACGGAUGAGGAGGAGAAGGAGAGGCAAGAAAAGUAACGAAGAUAAAUAA